AUGUUUGCACAACAAACAAAUAUUAUAAGAAUUGAUGUCAUCCGUAAUUUAUCACAUAUUUUAAACGACAUUUGGGCGCGUGUUGGUCCUAUUACUAUUAGUACACUUCGAAAAGUUUAUUUUACAGCAUAUGGCGUUGAUCUUGAUAAACAUUGCGAACUUGGAGGUUUCACAUUAAUUGAAAUUCUAGAAGAUAAAUUUAAUAACGAAUUUUAUUUUAAUCGUGAGCUUUCUGUUCUGGAACCUCGAUUUGUGGGGAAUGUGUUUAUUGCUUCACAGAAUAUUCAGCCUUUCUCUGACGUGCCAACUUCAGUGGUUAAUUAUGGCUCAAAUUUCUCACUGCCGCCUCCUGGUCAACCCCUUUUUCAAUCUGUUGUGCCUAUGCCACCAUAUCAGUUAUUUUCACCAAGUUAUCGAGUUAUUCCCAAGUUGCCUAAUUUUGUACCUCCGUCACUGAAUUAUUCUACUAAAAAUAACGGACAGUUUGUCUCAAAUACCACAAGAAAAUCUAUGAACCGCGUUGAUAUUUUUAACAGUCUUCGUGAUAUCAUCAUAGAUAUUCUCAAUUUGCCUGAACAUAAACGCGGUAUAACUGAAAAGGAAUUGAUGGAAGCGGUACGGCAACGCGAUUCUAAUAUUCCUCUGCAGUUGAUAAAUUUUCAGACUUUUUUUUCUAAUUUCAUGUCGGAUUUCAUUGAAAAAUCAGGAAAUCUCUAUCGUCGUCGACAAUCGCAAAUUAUCAUACAGGAGGAGAAUAUCGGUGACGAAGAAAUUCCGGUUAAUGUGAAAAAUGCGGAAUCUAUUAAAAAUGCGGCUACCGAAGAAUGUAGCAAGCAUAAUGAUUGCGCAGUUUCACCGAUGGAAAAAUGCGAGGAAUCGGGCAAAUUGGUUCUCCAAAAAAGUGCUAAAGUGAACGGCGAAGAUCCUAACGAUAACAACAUUUCCGUGAUAGAUACCGUUUAUGAUUGUACAGAACUCCUGUUGGAUUGGCGAAAAAAUGCCAACAGUUUGCAAUCUCUUUUUGAAUUUCUGUUGGUCGUUAAUGCGAAUUAUAAAGAAAACAGUGGACGUUUUUCUGAUCGAGAGUUUUAUGAUCGGUUUGGUAAUGCGCUUUUCGACCGAUUCAAUAUUUUUGAUUUAAGUGAUUUAGUUAAUUCAGAUUUAUUGAAAGUUGAGCGAAGUAAUGGAGAACUUUUUUAUUUCGUUAAUUCGGAAAUCGAAUAUUUAACUUCGGCUGAUUUUAUUCAUUUAAAAAAGCAACUUCUUCAUCGCUUUUCUAUUGAUUCCUCAGUGAAUUUCGAUACAUUGUUGCGCUUAUUGAAAUUUCCUGAGGAGAAAUAUAAAUCUGAUCUUGACAAAGCCGCAAUGCUUUGGGCAGUUUUGUCACGACUACCCUCAGACUUCGAUAUUCAAGCUGUUUCACGAACGAGCGAUCUUUCCGAAUUAAGAAUUAAUAUCUGUCCUUUGCCCUACGAAAUUCUGCUAUUCGAUAAGUUGGAUUAUCGUCACUGCUCCAAUUUAAGAAAUGUGCAAGUUAAUCCAGAAUAUCAGAAUAUGAUGUUAUAA